UCAAGAGGAUUUAUUCCAGCGUAAAACGUAAAACGAACGGAAAUUCAUGAGUUUUAUUUUAACAGCAACUGUGAUUAUUUAAAGAAUAAUCUAAUAAACGUUCUGUGAAAUAAAAAUUACCAUAUGAGUAAAAAGUUUCAUAUGCAAAUAAGAAAUAUUUGUUUAUCAUAAGAUUUCGCGAUAGGCUCUCGUGCUGUUUUUGGUCAGACACUGCUAUUAAUUUUUCCAUAGGUUAAAGAUAAAUGAAAUAGUAAGGUGAAGAUGUGUUACAGGUGGAAUCAUUUGGCAGAACUUCAGUUACAGCUAUCCCAAGAUGAGACAGACAAUACAGUCAAAUGUCACUGUACCCGAGCUUUCAUUGGUGACGGCUACCUGUAUAAACUAGGCUUACAAUAUGACUCUGACAGUAGGGAAAGUGAAGAAGACAUCAUUGAAGAUGAAUCUAAUGUAGAGAAUGUAGUGGCAGCAAAUGAUUCAAUAGAACAUUUGUGUGAGCAAGAGAGCUAUGAACCUAAAGAGGAGUUUUCAGCAUUUAUUGACAAUGAGAUGGUGACAGAAGAAUGUGUUGGAGAAGAAACAGAAGAAGGCAUUUCUGAAGAGCAGUUAGCAGAGAUAGAGAUGAUGAGAAAGAUGGGGUUACCUGUGGAGUUUAAUUUUGGCAAGACAGGAAAAAAGACAAAAGGUAAAAAUCAUGGGCACAAGAAGAAGAAACAAAAACAAAGGCAGCGCAAUAAAAAGAAACUUGAUGAAGCACAGCAAGGUGAACAUAGACGGGCAAAUAUAGAAAACCAGGUGAAAAGAAUUGAAUUGGAUGAAAGUACUAUCAAUGACACCUUAAUGUCGGUAGAGAGCAGAUUGACAGGUAGUACACCUAGGAAUGGGGUAAAUCUUAAUUUAGCUGGAGUUGACCUUGACACUGUGUGGCAAGACUAUUGGGGAAAAUAUGGGGAGUAUUUGGUCUGGGAAGGAUGGGUAGCCAAAUAUCCAGAUCAGAUAGAUUUUGAAAAGUUGCAGGCUGUGCCAGCUAUAGCUGAAGUUGAGGUGCAGACAGAAACAACUGUAACAGGCAAAGAUAGUGGAGACAUGGAGCAAGUCAGUGACAUAAAAGACCAUCAAGAAAAGCAGAUAUCAGGUAAUUGCUGCAGGGAUACUGAAGUUACAGACCCAAAACCUAGUGUAGUGACAGAUGAUAUAAACACAAAUGAAAGUCAUUUCAAAGAGACUGUAAUGGGUGAUGUAAAGUCCGGUCAAAAUACUGUUGAUGCCUCAAAUAAGUGUCUGAACUCUAAAUUUCCUGAAACAGAAUUGGAAGUAAAUUCCCCAGUGCCUGACUAUAUCAAUCCAUGCUCACCAAUGCAGUAUCUUUCUCCAAAUUUUAAAUAUGUUAGCGGUGAAGAAAUAAUUUCCACUUUGCAGAAAAGAACAGAAACAGGUGCUUCAAAUGUAGAUGUUGAAAACUGUGAUACACAGUCAGAUGUAGAUAAUUUAGCUAAUGAGAGAACUGAAAUUGUUAACAUGAUGCAUUCAUAUUCUAGCUACCACUCUCAGACAGGACCUCCUGAAAACCCUCAAACAGAAUGUGAUUAUAAAGGUGUUCCAGGUGUUGGCACAAACAGGGAAGACAACCAGACUGAGGAGGAUUUCAGUAAGGCAUGGGAGGAGCUUUGGAAUGAACAUUACACAGAAAGUUACUGGUACUAUUAUAAUCAGUUUUCUGAAAAGUUCUAUAAAAUUGCUCCAGGUGACAUGGAGGUGAGGGAAGAUGUAAGCAUUAUUGAAGGCAUUGCCAUGGUGAAUGAUAAUGGUGAACUUGAAAUUGUCCAAGGAUUAAAUGAUCAAAAUAGAUCAACAGAAUGUGACACAUCUACACAGAUAUCUGAUGAAACCAGGGAGGUGAGUGUUGAUUCUGAAAAUGUAACUGAUGAUGCAUAUUGCAGUAAUGAAAACACUGUGUAUGUUGUUGAUAAUGGAGCAGAGGGUGAUUGUGAUGUAGUUUAUGUCAUACAGAAUGAGGAUGGCACUGCUGUUAAGGAUCUGGAUAUGGAAAGUAUAGCAACAAUUUUGAAUGGUGUACAGCUUGAUGGCCAGGGUGCAGUAGCGGAACAAUCCAUACAUACAGCAGAUACUGAAGAUAAAUAUAUAAAUAAUACAGAAGGAGAAAUUAGACAAUGUCCUGAGAGAGGAAAUGAUAGUCUAGCAGAUGACCAGUCCACCAGUAUGGUUGUUUGUGGACAUGUUUGUGUUGCUGGAGAUGAGGAACCAGUUGAUGGAAGUAGGAAAAAGAGGAAAGAGAAAGAACGCAGGAACCAGCAACAGGGAACAGCAUCUGAUCAUAGAACAUCAAGUCAUGGACGGAACCUUGCACUGGGUUCAUUUCUUACAACAAGAUUGCGAGGAUCCAGUGGUGAUGGUGAUGAUCCACCAGAGGAAAAACCUGUACAGCUUCCUCACAGUCAUGAAGUUGAUGACACAGAGUCUGUAACUGGAAACAAAACAGCAGAUGCAAGAACAGCUUUGUCUAUGCUUGGGUAUUCCCUGCCAGAUGAAGAGGGUUGUUCAGAUGAAAAGAAACCCAAGAUCCAAGGAGGCAAAGUGAAAUAUAAAACUAGAAAUAUCCAUGCAGUAUCAAAGAACUUAAACAUGGGUAAGGGGACACAUACAAGAUUUGACCAAGAUGGGAAUGAAAUGGUAGUGAGACCAUCUAGAACAUUGAACAAAGUGAAAAACUUCCUUGGUAAACUGAAGUCAGAUACAUUACAAGAAGUGGACACUAGUGAUCAGGAGGUUAUGGAUAUUUUUGGGUUGAAGGAUGUAACUGAUACUGAUAAUACUAAGAGAACCACUGUACCAAGUUACGACUGUGAUGAUAAGUUAAAGUCACAGGGAGAUUCUGAUGUUGCACAGACUUAUUUAGUUACAGGAAUAAAACAAGAUAAUAAAGACAAGGAAUUACAAGUAGAAGCUAAACUGGAUAAUUCAAAAAAUUGGUCAAUGCAUAUAGAUGAAGAAACAUCUUUUGAUUUUUCUGAAAAUAGUGUUAAAACUUGUGAAUCUUACAAGGAUGUGCAUGUAUUCCCAGAUACAUUUAAUUUUACUGGAAUACAAAAGGAAGAUGAUAGAUUGGAAAUCUCUGAAAACAUUAUGAGUCAUGUAGAUGAAAGGGAAGCUGUGGAAUAUGACCUUGAAAUUUGGGAUGAUGCUGAGGAUAAUGUCAUAGACAAAGACACAGACAAGAAGAAGGUGAGGUCACGCAAGAGGAAGAAGAGGCAGGGAGGUGUACCAAUGCCAGCAGAGAUUGCAGAGGACCCUCAGCUGAGGAAAUAUUGGGGUCAGAGAUACAGGCUCUUCUCCAAGUUUGAUGAAGGGGUCAAACUUGACAGGGAGGGCUGGUUUUCUGUCACCCCAGAGAAGAUAGCAGAACAUAUAGCUGACAGGUGUAGAUGUGAUGUCAUUGUUGAUGCUUUCUGUGGUGUAGGAGGGAACACCAUACAGUUUGCCUUCACUUGUGAAAGAGUGAUUGCUAUAGAUAUUGACCCAGUAAAAGUAGAACUUGCACGGCACAAUGCAAGAGUGUAUGGUGUUGAAGACAGGAUUGAGUUUAUCGUUGGUAACUAUAUGGAGCUGGCUCCACAUUUACAGGCUGACGUUGUGUUCCUGAGUCCGCCAUGGGGAGGACCAGAGUACCUAAAUGCUGAUGUGUUUGAUCUCGAGACCAUGGUGGCUUUAAAUACAUUUGAGAUUGUGCGUGUUACUAGGCCAGUCAGUAACAAUAUAGCUUUGUUUGUGCCGAGAAAUACAAACAUAGAUCAGUUAACAAGUAUAGCCGGACGAGGAGGUAAGAUGGAGAUGGAACAGAAUUUUCUCAACAAGAAACUCAAAACAAUUACUGCUUAUUAUGGAGAGUUAGUACUAGACGGAGAAGAGGAAGAGGAGGAUGAAGUAGAAACAGGUCGUGCAGAAGAGAAAGAUGAUGUACAGUUUAGAGAGGCAGAUGAAAAUGUAACUAAUAAAGACAAUCUCUUUAUAGAGGGGAAAAACAAACUAGAAAUGAAAACCAGUAAAGAAGAAUCACAACAAGCUGAGGAAGAGAGUGUUCAUGUUGAAGAAAAAGAAAUUGGAAAGGUUUGAGAGGUAUAUUAAAAUUCCACAGAAGAAAAUGGCAUACAAAAGGUGACAACUUGUGAGAAAAGAAUAGCAGUGAAGUUCUGCAACAGGAACGCAGAAUUAAUCAAAAUUAAUUAUCUUUGAAAAACAAGGAAAGAAAAAGUUAUCAUAUUUAUGAAUAUAAAUGGAUGGAAAUCAGACAGUGAUGUGAAAGAAGAUCAUGAAAUUUAAGACCUUGUACUAGAGACUGAAUUAUGAGCAGUAUAAAUGAAAACAUGAGUAACAAUUAUACACAGGGCAGACAAAAACUAAAAAUAAUGUGACAGUAUUCUUUCUACAAAGGUGAUGAAGAGUGAAGUUACCCCUUGAUAAUGAACUUUUAAAAUGCUGUAGUGGAGAUAAUAAAGGAGGAAUAUUUGGAAAUUGCUCUCUAUAGAAAAGUUAAAGCAUUAACAAAUCAGGAUAUGUUAAAAGCUGCUUUUUGAUGCUGUAUUGAUAGAUGUACAUGAAGAAAAUAGAAUUUAUUGAAUAUUUAUCUGAAGGUAGAACAUUAUUUGUGACAAGAGAAAAAAAGAUGCUAAUAAGAACACCAUUUACAAAUGUUGACGGAAGUCACGUUAGAUUGUAUUGUUUUAUAUUGUUAGAGGUCUGUUACUGAAUUGAACAUUUGAUAUAAUUGUGAAAUGAAGGAAUAUUGAUUUUAUAGCAGACAGAUAUAAUUCUUGUUGUCUGAAGAUGAACAUUGAUAAAUAUUCUCUGAGAUAAGUCUUUAUCAUAUUGUCAUAGAAAUUAGCUUAUGUUAAAUAUGAUUUAGAUAAUCUGAGAUUGAAAGGCAUGUGAUGAAGCCAUUUUUGCCCUAGAGUUCUUAUUUCUUGUUUUCUCAGGGGCACGAAUAGUUGCAGCUUUAUCCAUCCAUCUGGCACAUUUUCUUGUCCACAACAUACUUUUUAAUCUGUCAAAGACAUUAGUAAAAUUUGGUAUGAAAGUUCAAUACAUUGAUUAAAAGGCAUUGGCUAAGAACCACAA